AGCAUGCAAUUUCUCUACUCUCUAGAAAGAUACCCCGCAUCAGCUCUUCAGCAGCAGGUAUACAGUCACGUUUUGAGGUUGGACAAGUGUUGACGUGUUCGGUUCUACCAGGCAGGUCUGUAUAUAAAGUUAGCAGGCAUUCCGUUACGACUUUCAUUCAUAACAGAACAGCAUUCAAUACUCGUGUACCUGCCACCAGUGCCUUACGACGCAAGGAUACUAGUUCGGAACGUAGGCGGAGAUUUCAUUCAUUGCUGCAUUAUUUGCAUAACAAACGAUGACGUCACCAGGAGAGGUUUACAUCGUGUCUGCCGCCAGGACACCAAUCGGUAACUUCCAAGGCACCGUCUCCUCGCUAACUGCAGCCGAGCUGGGAGCAGUCGUCGUGAAGGAAGUUCUGAACCGAGCCAGCGUACCACCGGCCGAUGUCGAUGAAGUUAUCCUUGGACAGGCACUAACCGCAGCGCAAGGUCAAAAUCCGGCCCGUCAGGCUGCGAUCAAGGCUGGCCUUCCCAAGGAAGUGCCGGCCUAUCUGGUCAAUAUGUUGUGCGGUUCGGGGUUGAAAACCGUUUCGCUAGGCUAUCAGGCAAUCCGUUCCGGCGAUUCCAGCGUAGUCGUUGCUGGUGGACAGGAAAGUAUGUCCAAGGCGCCGCAUGCAAUGCACCUGCGAAGCGGUACCAAAAUGGGAGAAGCAAAAAUGAUCGAUACCAUGCUGCAUGACGGACUGACGGAUGCUUUCCACGACAUACAUAUGGGAAUAACCGCCGAGAAUGUGGCCAAAGAAAGUAACAUUACUAGGGAGCAGCAGGAUGCUUUAGCUUUGGAAAGCCAAAAGCGGGCAGAGGAGGCUCAAAAUAAGGGUUACUUCACGGAGGAGAUUGUUGCCGUGCAGGUUCCAACAAGAAACGGAACAAUUUCGUUCGAAAAGGAUGAGUUCCCGAAACCGGGUACAACUUUGGAAAAACUUGCCAAGCUGAAACCGUGUUUCAUCAAGGACGGUACUGUGACGGCUGGGAAUGCUUCGGGACUGAACGAUUCGGCUGCUGCCGUUUUGCUGAUGUCCGCCGAAGAGGUUCAGAAACGGGACACUAAACCAAUGGCUCGGAUCGUCGCUGUAGCUCAGACCGGUAUUUGUCCGAAGACGAUGGGGAUUGCCCCGGUCAGUGCGGUGUCGAAAGUGUUGCAAAACGCGGGUUGGAAGGUAGAGGAUGUCGACCUCUUUGAAUUGAAUGAAGCUUUUGCAGCUCAAUCAGUUGCCGUCGUGAACGGUCUUGGGGUUAGUCCGGACAAGGUAAACAUUAAUGGCGGAGCUAUUGCUUUGGGACAUCCAGUUGGUGCCUCCGGGUGCCGUGUUUUGGUUACGUUGUUGUAUGCUCUGAAAAGAACCAAUGGCAAGAAGGGAGUAGCUUCACUCUGUAUCGGGGGCGGAAUGGGAGUGGCCAUGGCUGUUGAAAUGGUUUGAGAAAUGGUCUGAUCCAAUAACUUUUUUGUAGUUAGCAGAAUAUAUAACUUUCCUCUUCUGUUGGCCAGUACUUACGACCGUUACCACAAGUCGGUUGCAAUCAAUAUAUUAUACAAUGUGUUUUCUUUUCAAUAGUAUUACUCUAGUUUCAAAUAGUAUUAUUACUGGGAAACUUGCGACAAUAAAGAAUUGAUAUAUCGA